AUGAUCAAGUCUGUGCUCAUCUUUAACAACCACGGCAAACCUCGAUUAAUCAAAUUCUACCAGCAAAUUGACAUUGCGACGCAACAAGCGCUAGUGCAAGAAAUCUUCUCCCUCGUUUCAAAACGACCAGACACAGCAUGCAAUUUCUUGGAGGGAAGUAAACUGCUUGGCGGCAAAGAUACACGUGUUAUCUAUAGACAUUACGCUACUCUCUACUUUGUGUUUGUCGUGGAUGAGAGCGAGAGUGAGUUGGGCAUAUUGGAUCUUAUUCAAGUAUUUGUGGAGAGCUUGGAUAGAUGCUUUGAAAAUGUGUGCGAGUUGGACCUGAUCUUUCAUUUUGAUGAAGUGCAUGCCAUUUUAUCCGAGAUUAUUCAGGGUGGACUAGUGUUAGAGACAAAUAUGAGCGAGAUCGUGGCAGCGAUAAACGAGAUGAACAAGGCGAAAAAGACGGGAGGAGUAACAGCGAGCAGCUUGAGCUUAAAAGCGACUGAAUCGUUGCGAGGAUUUCGACAUUAA